AAAAUAAUCUCCGAGGCAAAUGAUAAAGGGUUCAUAAAAUUUAAGAGCUUAUCAAGGUUGAUACAUGUUAUCAGCCCAACAUCAACCAUUUAACAUAUUUUGGAAGGUUAUAUCAUUCCAACUUGUUUCAUACUUGCAUUAGUUAAAACUUCCCUGGAGGAACUUUUUACACUGUAGGAGUACAUAUCAACCUAAAGUUGAUUCUAUUCAGCACUAUGUUGAACCUUGUUGAACUCUAUAAUCGUUAUGAGCAACUCGUGUACCCCCAUGAUACAAGGUUGAUGAUUCCGACACUGUCUCCAGGUUCCAAUUAACAAGUUAUAAGAUUCUCUUAUUAUGAGACAAGUUCAUACAAGAAGUUUAAAUUUAAAGAAAAAGUGUUUUAAUUACGGUUAAUUAUGUUAAUUUGACUAUUUAAUUUGAUUUAGGAUUUUUAUAGUGCGACUUUUAAUUCGACUACGUUAUAUUGGUGCUACUCAUCUCAUGUUGCAAAACUCUCACUAUUUGGGGUUUAAUUUGAUUGCUUGCAUUUCUCCUGUCCUCUCCCUUGAGAGGGUACGAGUAUGAUUUGUCAACUUCCUUUCCUUUCAAAUCCUAAUUUUAUUCGAAACGCUGAGUUGAUGACCAUGAUCGUCGACUUUUAAAUUUUGAAUAGUUAAUAUAGAAGUAUCAUAAGACUAAGGUUAUUUCAGUUGACAAUGAAUGAUAUGAUCAGUCAUUUGUAUGGCAAAUUAUUAGUUACCAUACCCAUGAAUGAAAUGGCACUCGUGACUCGACACAAUUUGACGGUUGAAGAGAAUCCCUCUUCAUAUUCCCGCCAUUCUCACCAACGACACAAACAUCAAAAACCCUUAAACCAUCAACAAAAUUCCUAAUGAUUAAACAAAUGUUUCUAAAUUUGAGAUUUUUCUCUCCUCUUCAAAAUUCUCUAUCUUCAAUCUUCUUUUCAUAUAUACACACUCGUUCACUCUCACCAUACAAACCAAAACCCAACAAUUGGAACACAAAUCAUUCCUUUGUAAAAUCUAACCCACUUCUUUCAAUCCUUGAAAAAUGUACUUCAAUUUCACAAUUGAUUCAAAUUCAAGCACAAAUGAUCACUACUGGACUCAUAGCAGACGGCCUCGCUUCGAGUAGAUUAGUUGCUUUUUGUGCGAUAUCUGAAGCUGGUGAUCUUUCUUAUUGUGAGAAAAUUUUGAGAUUUCUUGAUAACCCAAAAGUUUUUUCUUGGAAUAUUGCAAUUAAAGGGUACUCAGAUAGUUCAAUUCCUAUUAAAGCUGUCAUCUUGUAUAAAGACAUGUUAAAAAAUGAUGGAUGUUUUCCUGAUAAUUAUACUUUUCCUUUGAUUUUUAAGGUUUGUGCUCGUUUGAGGUUGGAUUGGAUUGGUUAUGGAAUUUUUGGACAUGUGUUGAGAAUGGGUUUUGAUUCGGAUGUUUUUGUACAUAACGGAUUAAUUCAUAUGUUAGUGAAUUGUGGUAAUUUGGAUGAUGCACUUAAGGUGUUUGAUGAAAGCUGUGUGAGAGAUUUGGUUACUUGGAAUUCUUUGAUCAAUGGGUAUGUACACUGUGGGCGGUCUUGGGAAGCAUUGACUCUUUAUGAGGAGAUGAGGGUAGAGGGAGUUAUGCCGGAUGAAGUGACUAUGAUUGGGUUGAUUUCGUCGUGUGCACAAUUACAGGAUUUGAGUCGAGGCGUUGAGUUUCAUCGUUUUGUUCUGGAGAAUGGAUUGAACUUGACGGUUCCACUUUGUAAUGCAUUGAUGGACAUGUAUGUUAAAUGUGGGGAUUUCAAGACUGCGCAAGGAAUAUUUGGAGAUAUGAGGAAGAAAACCAUGGUCUCUUGGACCACGAUAAUUGUCGGUUAUGCUAAAUUUGGGUUGCUUGAUGAGGCAAGGAAGAUUUUUGAUGAGAUGCCUGAGAAAGAUGUGGUUCCAUGGAAUGCCGUUAUUGGAGCUUAUGUUCAAGCCAACCGUAGUAAGGAGGCUUUGGUUCUAUUUCAUGAAAUGCAAGAUGCAAAUGUCACGCCUGAUGAGGUGACAAUGGUUAACUGCUUAUCUGCUUGCUCACAACUAGGAGCUCUUGAUAUUGGAAUAUGGAUUCACCGGUACAUUAACAAGAAGAAGCUUUCUCUGAAUGUUUCGUUAGGCACAGCUCUUGUUGAUAUGUAUGCUAAAUGUGGGAACAUUGGAAAGGCACUUGAGGUUUUCCAUGAGAUGCCUGUGAAGAAUUCAUUGACAUGGACGGCUAUAAUUGGAGGCUUAGCGCUUCAUGGUAACGCGAAAGAUGCUUUAUCAUACUUUUUGAAAAUGGUUGAUGUUGGAUUAGUACCUGAUGAGAUCACAUACCUAGGAGUACUAGCUGCUUGUUGUCAUGGGGGUCUAGUUGACGAGGGCCGUAAGUACUUUGCUGAAAUGACCUCUAAAUACAAUCUUAACCCAAAGCUGAAACACUAUUCGUCCAUGGUAGACCUAUUAGGUAGGGCAGGCAAAUUAGAAGAUGCAGAAACAGUUAUAAAAAGUAUGCCUAUGGAGCCAGAUGCUGUUGUAUGGGGUGCUUUGUUUUUUGCUUGUCGUAUUCAUGGAAAUGUGACACUCGGUGAAAAGGCUGCAUGGAAAUUGCUCGAGUUGGAUCCGGGUGAUAGUGGAAUAUAUGUUCUGUUAGCAAAUAUGUAUGGAGAUGCAGAAAUGUGGGAUAAGGCUAGGAAAGUGAGGAAAAUGAUGAAGGAAAGAAGAGUCGAGAAGACACCCGGAUGUAGCUCGAUUGAAAUUAAUGGCGUUGUCCAUGAAUUUACCAUAAGAGACAAGUCACACCCUCAAUCUGAACAGAUAUUUGAAUGCCUAGUUCAAUUAACAAAACAACUUGAGUUGAUUGAAUUUGUUUCGAGUACAAGCACUUCAGGGACAACAGUUUUUGUUUAACAUUUAUGAUUUAUGCAAUUCAGAUUCUUUGAGCAGCUGCUAAAUGGACGGGUACUUGUUAGGCCCGAAAGGUAUGAAGAUGCUCGAUGACAUUCCAGUGAACCUCAAGGGCAGUUUUUCUGGUAAUGAGCAGUUUUCAGCAUGGUCAUCAAACAUUCAAUCAAUUUAAAGGGAAACUACCCAAGGCCCCAACUAAACUUCUACUCAUAUUCUUGUUGGAAGUUAAAUUUUUUCUUUCCCUGAUUUACGGUGUUCGAUUCAACUGAUUACUAUGUGUUUCAGGGAGUACAAUUUUCACAAACAACAUACUGAAAAUGACUAGUAAAAAUCCAUGCAGUUACUGAAACAUCGGCUAACUACAGUCUACAUGUCCUGCAUGAUUGUAAUGCUUGCUGGGGAGAAUUCGGUUCUAUCUCAAAAUUGAGUAGUUAAUAUCUCCAAGUUUCUACAAAGUGAGUAGUUAAUGUAAGCAGCUACAUUAUGUUGCUAAUCAUUUUAGCUAUCAAAUCUGCUUGGUAAUUUGUUUAACUAAUGGCUCUUUUCUGUUGUAUCAAGCGCGGCCUCUUUUCUUGAGCAUUCAUAUCAAAGGCGUCCCAACUGCAUAACUAGCGCGAGGACUGCUCAUUGUGAGUACAUUGUUGGAGUUUAUCAUUUAUAAUUCCCACUGUUUAUCAUGUCACUUGAUAGCUGUUGGGAAUAAGUGUUACACUUCAUGUUGUGCAAGAGAUGGUUUGAUAUUGGCUGAUUCUUGAGUACCUAGCUUAGUAGUGGCCCGAGUGGGGACAGAAUUUAUGCAGUUUGUCAAGUGCUAUGGACCAAGUUUAGUAGUGAACUACCAGUACCUCACUUAAACAUCCAAAUUACUAAAUCAGUAUUUUUUGGUUUACUUGGUGCGAAUUCUGUUUUAUGAUGUCAAGGUCAUGGGUUCAAAUCCGAUAAAGUGAGGCCACUUGGAGAAGGUUCCUCUCCUCCCUUCUUUGUAAUGCCUAGGCGAGCUAGUAGAAGAUGGUUAUUAGCGCCAUAUAUAUAUAUACGACAUAAUGUAUUGCAAAUUUGAGACUCGGGGCCUACUAAAAAUGUUAUCCUCCAAACUCAACCGGUUGCAUACAGUUUGAGUUUUACCCAUAUAGCUUAAGAUUUACCCUUAAUGUACCAGACUACAAUUGGGUUAAAAUUAGGUGCAUCUUGAUAGUUUUUUAACCACGCUUAGUUGCCUGACUCUAAAACAUUUUAGCUUGUUACUUUUUUUUUUCAGUUGGGAAAUGUGGUUUACUACUCCCUUGGUGAUUCAUGUGAAUGUCUGACUCCUGCAGUGAAUGUUUACACAAUGGGUUACAGCUUUUAGACAAA